AUGUCCCUCUUGCGUGAAGCUGAGAGGUGUAUAGCCAAGCAAAAAUCCCAGGUCGCCCUCAAUGCUUUCAUAACCACUUUGCGGCCCUCAGGCCAGUGGCUGGAGCGGGUGCGGGAUGCGGAGAUCCGCAGGGAGAAGGGAAAGCCACGAUCGAAGGUUGAUGGUCGUCUAAUCGCCAUUAAAGACAACAUAUGCACUCGCAACCUACCGACGACAUGUGCCUCUGGGAUUCUACAACAAUUCAGCAGCCCAUCAAAUGCAACGGUGGUGGAACAAUUGGAGAGCGCAGGGGCUGUUGUAGCAGGAAAGACGAAUCUCGAUGAAUUUGGUAUGGGCUCGUAUUCAACCCAUUCGCACUUUGGAUCCGUUGGAGUUUUACACAACGGGGACAUUCUUUCCGCCGGCGGUAGUUCAGGAGGAAGUGCUGCGGCUGUCGCUACGGAUCAAUGCUAUGCAGCGCUGGGCACUGACACAGGGGGCUCCGUCCGGCUCCCCGCCGCAUAUACUGGGACUGUUGGCUUCAAGCCUUCCUAUGGGCUAAUUUCCCGAUGGGGCGUGGUUGCAUAUGCCAACUCGCUGGACACCGUUGGUAUUCUAGGGAAGAGCACGACUAGUGUCCGUGAUAUCUUCAGUAUCUUGAACAAAUAUGACCCACGCGACCCAACAAGUCUCUCGCCGUCUUCUCGUUCCCGAAUCGCUUCACAUCUAGAAGCACCCUCUCUCUCUUCCCGGAUGAACACCGUGCCUCUUAAGAUCGGUGUCCCACUUGAGUAUAACAUAUCCGAGCUUGCCCCUUCUAUUCGCCUCGCCUGGUCCCGCUCCUUGAGCUAUAUGCAACAACAGGGACAUAGCAUUCGCCCGGUUUCUCUUCCCGCAACUAAGCUAGCUUUAUCAGCUUACUACGUGCUCGCACCCGCUGAGGCCUCUUCAAACUUGGCAAAGUAUGAUGGCGUCAGGUAUGGAACGCGUUUCGAGGAACCCGAUUAUCACCUAGAGCAAGAUGGCUAUUUGUAUGCCAAUACGAGAGGUGGAGGACUUGGCCCUGAAGUCAAGAGAAGAAUCCUGCUUGGUACUUUCAGCCUGAGUGCUGAUGCUAUUGACAAUUAUUUUAUCCAGGCUCAGCGCAUCCGACGUCUCGUCCAGCAUGAUUUCAAUGCCAUUUUCAACGCCGCGCAACCCUUGACUUUCUGUCUACCUGGCGUUGGGAUAGAGCCAAAAAAUAAUGGUGUGGAUAUUCUUAUUUGCCCGACUGCCCCGUCAUCACCACCUCGCAUAUCAGACUUGAUGUGCUCUGAUACAGUAGUGUCACCCUUGGAUGCUUAUAUGAAUGACGUCUUUACUGUACCUGCCAGUUUAGCUGGUCUCCCAUCCGUUUCUGUUCCAGUUACCAUAGCGAGUGAUUGUCAAGCUUCUGAAGAUGCAGAUUCAGCAGGCAUCCAGAUAAUUGGUCAAUAUGGAGAUGAUGAGCUUGUGUUGAAAGUAGGGAAGUGCCUAGAGGGAAGGGGUUUCUAA